AUGGCUGGUAAAGAGGACAAUGAUGAAUACGAUGGCCAAUUCAAAUCGAGUGGAUUAUAUUGGGGAAUCAAAAAAGGCGAGAGUAAAUUCGUAUUGGAGUGUUUGCGUCAAGGGGAACCGUUAUCAUACUGCUGCUCAAAGACUGGAAAUACCUAUCUUCAUUUGAUAGUGACUCAAGCCUCUCCUAUGCUGGAGAGUAAAUAUGUGCCAAUGAUAUAUCAACUUUCAAAUGUGGAUUUUGACUUGAAUGUCAAAAAUAGUAAGGGUGAAACGGCGCUUGAUUUAUCAAUCAAAUUAUCAUUACUACAAAUCAUGGUGUCAUUGUUAAAGUGUGGUGCAGAUUCUUCAGAUAAACAUCUGGAAUUGAUUCAAAGACACACUAAACUUUUCCAGGCAGAGUUUCUGAAUUGCUUCCAAAAAAUCCACCCAGGUUACUGGGACGCUAUUGAUAAUAAUAAAACAUUUAAAGUGAAUGUUCUCAUUAAAUCCUGGUGUCGGAUAAAUAUUAGUCGGAAUGGUAAAAGUUUGAUAGAAUAUGCAAAGGAGAGUGAUGGUGAUGAAAAAAUAAUCAAAAUGUUGAUUGACAACGAAGCUUCUAUCGAAUUCGCUCAUGCAACGAUUGCAGGGGACAAAGAAAAGAUGGAACUAUUACUAUGCAAUGACUCUGUAGAUUUACAGACUAAAGACUUAUCAAAUAGGGAAAGUUAUUUCGAACCAUAUAGUCCAUUGUCCCUUUAUGGUGCUGCUAUUAAAUACGGUCAUAAACAUACUCUAGACAUCGUGAAAGGGUACAAAGAUCCAUUUAUGAUCAAAACUGUCGAAAGACAGACAAGCAAUGCAAAUUCUUCUGUUUGUAUUAUUUUAUAA